GGCUUGCGGACCAGCUGCGGCACGCGAAUCCUCGGCCGUCCGAUAUCGCUGGCAUUGACAAGCAUAUUCGAAACCGCACGAAUACCAUUCAGCAGUCUACUUCUUCCGCCGACGACUAUACCUACGGCAAUUUAUCCAGCAUAGAACUUGUCGUUUCCCUAGCAGUCUCCCCGUUCGCGGUAGAAGAAGUAGCGCAGUUUUUUGAGAUCCUCGCUGCGCAUACAGAAAUUCUUACACCCGCUAAGGUUCUGGCAAAAAUUAGAAGAUGCGAAGUAUCUCAAAGCCAAUCACGAUUAUUCGCACCCGCACGCUCUCACUGCAGAUUUACGUGCCUGCUUGUCAUGCAAUUUGCAUUGAAAUGCGCAUCGCAAUGUAGUCCUGAAUGCCCAAGAAAAAGAAUUUGUAUGUUCACUAUGUAUGCAUUGAUGUCUCUCACGCGAUGAGAGACCCUCCCCCUCCGUUGUUGUGACUAUGAAUAGCGUGCUUCCAAAAUAUAGCUGUACGGACACGCAAGAUAAAACGCAAUCUCUUCGCACCGGGACGGAGUCGGAACGGAUGCCCAGCACUGAUCUUCCUUGUGUGCUUGCUGAGCUCGCCUUUAGGUACUGCGGUGUGCCGGGUGCGAAGCUAUGUUUUUCCAUUUCGAUACGCAUCCGCUGUGUCAAGAGGGGCGCCAAUCUCGCUGAGAAACUGCAGCC